AAUCCCUGGUUAUGCAUAGAUUGAUGCCUGACUCUUCAGUAUAAUUCAGCUUGCUCUACUCGAUCCUAUUUGAUCGCUGCCGAGUAUCCACCCAAACAACCAACCUCCAUCACUCUCAGUUUUAUAAAUAAUAAAAUUCGAGAAGCCACAUAGAGAAUUGAAGACUUAAUAACCCCGGCACUGGCUAAUGUGCAUAGCUGAAGGGCAGAGACAGAUGUGAAUAGGGAGAAUAUUAUAUUGCCAUAGAGGCAAAAGUCGAUGAGAUCUCAGCAUUUCAAGAUGGCUGAUAUCAUAGGAUUACACAGAGUAAGAUCAGCCACUCAAACUGGCGAAUAGUUACAUUAUACUCCUUUGUAGCAAUGCGAUUAUGUCAGUAGAGGCACGUGCGAUCGAAAAACUUACCUCACUGAAUACCUACAUCAAUUUAUUCCUUUGUGAGGGGAUACCUGAGGGGAUGAUGUUAUUCCAAUGUUGGUGGUUAUGAUUGGCAGUCAUGGCCCCGUCAUAGCUCCCUUUUUAUGACACAACCUUGCAGCCUCUAGUCGCCAACGACGACGAGCUCUCAGUAUAAAGCUUUGAAAAGCCUCGAAGUUAACCAAUCUGCUCCCAGGCGAAGAUAACACAUACGUUUCAAUAGCGAGAAACAUCGAGGCUCUAUCAAACAGCACUAGACGAAAUAGAUACUUAAGGAACUAUCAAACUUACUAUGGCUUCAACCGCACAGAUCUCCGGGGCCAAAAUCGAGCCCCUUAAGUCGGACGUGAAGCACAACAGGCCGUAUGACGGCGCAGACCGUGGGUCGGCAGGUUCAGAUCAGACUAUCGACCAAUCGCGAAUCAAUCCUCUUGGAGGACGGGGUCAACACCAACACCCCGCACCACAUGCCAAUAGCCAAGGAGUCGUAGGCACGACCGAGAAUCUUGGGAAGACGAAAAUCCAGCCGUUGGAGGGAGGCGUGAAUGAGUCACAGAACCCGAGGACGGGACUCGAUGAUGAGGCUGUCGAUGCGGCGAGGAUUAAUCCACUUGGUGAGGUUAGGGAGUAGUAGUAAUUAGUGACCGAUGUGUCAUUCUUGAGUUACUCAAUAAGUAAAAUGGAAAAUAAGUAAAACAUGGUAUAUUAGUCCUAGGAUA